AUGUCCACAAAGGACUCGUUCAACGCCGCGCUGCAAGCUCGAAAUCCGUCAAACAACUACAUUGCGCAUCUCAAGAUCUGGGAGACGGCCGAAGAUGACACGGGCGCCGGCGCAGCUGGCUCCUCGCAGAGAAAGGCACGCUACCUCAUCUUGGCGGUGGACAAGUCUAGCGGUAAAGUUAGCAUCAACAAGGCCAAACGCAAUGCGAAUGGCAGCUUUAGCAUUGGCAAAGAUUGGGACUUGAACACAUUGCACGAGGUACAGGUUUACGGGCCCGACUCAUUCUGCAUUACCCUUACGCGGGCUUAUAAGUGGCAGACAGAACGUCCACGCGAACAGACCCUCUUCCUGCAAUCGCUCGUCAAAGUCUACCGCAAGUAUACUGGC